GUGUCCCGCACUAUAUAAAUUGGAGAAAAACAUGGUUUAGACAUUCAGAUAUUGCAAAAGGGGUGAUUAUGGAAUUAGUUAUGGGUCCAAAAGCAAGUAAGGUUUGGGGCGUUAUUGAUGUAAAUGAAGAUAGAUUUGAUAUAGAAGAUAGA